GCCAUCACUCUGCCCCGAACCCUCCUCAGCUCUCUGGUAGGCUGGAAUGGCCCCGUCCUCUGCGCAAAGAAGGGAGACGACAUUACGCCCAUACGCAGCAUGACGGUGUUCCUCCCCAGGUGCGCAGGCAAACCGUACGAGUUUUAUCUCGCGCUCAUCAAGGAUCACAACGAGGGCCUUAGUACAUCGGCCUGGCGAGUGAUGAAUAGCAAAGGCGUACAAAGGGGGGUGCUACCCUCCACGCAAGAUCUUCUGGAGGAACUCACGGACCUAGCGGAUAGCCUGGGCAUACUGUUGAUCCCGGAGCCAUGGAUCCACAAAGAAGAGGUCAGAAGCCUCAAAUUGGAGUCGAAAAAGGACCUGGUCGCUGUGCAGGCAAAUAACAACGAAGGUCCUGGCAGCGGCCUACUUUCCGGGGGAGAAACCGACAACACAUCCAGAGGCCGACGGCAACCUGGUGGAGUACUGCAGGAGGAAUAAGCUGCCCCUCA